CGCCACCCGACUCCGACUCGCCCCCCUCUGUCUCUCUCUCUCUGCUUCUCUUUCUCUCUUCAAUUGGGGGAAAAAGUGGGGUCGAAAAGAGGAACCCCUCCUCGAUUUCCAAACCCUAGCUUUCCUUCCCACCUCUGAUCCCCGGGAGAAUAAAAAGCUGUCGAGAUCCCUCCACCGCCUCCGAAUCCGCCCCGGAGCCAUGGUCUGGAUCUGCGAGGGAGCUGUCGCGUAGAAGCCCUGAUCUGACCCCUAUUUUGUCCGAUUCGGUAAGGGAUUCUGCGCGAUCUUGCGACAUUCUUCUUCUUCUUCGCGAGGGGAGGGGUUGAUCCGCUGGCCUCGGCUUCAUCGGGGCUUGAUCCCUGCCGGAGCUUGCAUCUGUUUGAACAAACAAACCAAUUUGAGCUAUUAUUUGCAUCGUUGGGAUGGAAAAAUGAAUUGCUUAUUUGUUGGAUGCUGUUGACGAACUCAUAUGGCAGCAUAAGUGGGUAUGAUCAAUGGUUUCUAGCAGAAUAAGGUAGAGAUUUGGUGCAUCAGCUAUCACGGACAGGUUAUAUAAUCAGAAUAGUUUCCUCUGGACAGGUUUUUGGUAGCGUGCAGAGGCACAGUGCCCUCCAUCUUCUGCCUUCAAAUGCAUGGGUUGGAUGGGUAUAUAUGACAUCGGGCCAGCCCUUGCUCUUUUCACCCUAUGGUGCAGAUUCCUUUAAACAAGUCCCAGCUCAACAGCCGACGUCUGUAUCUUGUAGCUGUCUUGGCCCAUCUGAUUCCUUCUCUUUUUCCACUUUCGAUGACCAUAAAAAUCACUCUUCGGACUUAGUCGAUGAAGUAGAAGCCAUCUCGUUUGAAGAGAGUGGUUUUUCUCAAAGACAAACAGUAGAUGUCUCUAACUCCAGCCUGAACAAGGACCAGCUUCUCUGGUCAGAAUCUGAGUUUGUUGAGCAAUCAGAGGUGGAAUGCGCCCGUCAAGACGGAAGGCAACUGGUUUCUUGGGGUGUGAUGGAGCUGCAAGGCUUUUCGUCAUCCCUAGAGAUGCCUUCUUCUUCUUCCAGACAGGAGAAGUUGGACAAAUCUCAGCAGAUCCACCAUAAGAGUUUGUGCCCGGAAGAAUCAUGCUCGGCUGAGGAUAAUUCUAGAUUGAUAUAUAUCAACGACCCGAGGAGGACAAAUAACAAAUAUGAGUUCACAGGGAACGAGAUCCGUACUAGCAAGUAUACUGUAAUCACGUUCCUGCCAAAGAAUUUGUUCAUCCAAUUCCACCGACUGGCUUAUAUUUAUUUCCUUGUCAUUGCUGGUCUAAAUCAACUUCCUCCUCUAGCUGUUUUUGGGAGAACAGUCUCUCUUUUCCCGCUGUUAUUUGUGCUGUUUGUGACUGCUAUAAAAGAUGGCUAUGAAGACUGGCGGAGACACAGAUCCGACCGGAAAGAGAAUAAUCGAGAAGCUUUAAUUCUUCAAUCAGGUGAAUUUGGAAUGAAGAAAUGGAAAAAAUUACGUGUUGGAGAGGUUGUUAAAAUUUGUGCAGACGAGAGUAUACCUUGUGACAUGGUCUUGUUGGGAACAAGUGAUCCAAAUGGAAUUGCAUACAUUCAGACGAUGAAUUUAGAUGGAGAAUCAAAUCUAAAGACAAGAUAUGCUCGGCAAGAGACUGUGUGCAUGGUCCAGGAAGGAAAUUUUUCUGGUCUGAUCAGGUGCGAGCAACCUAAUAGGAAUAUUUAUGAAUUUACAGCAAAUAUGGAAUUUAAUGGGCACAGAAUCCCACUUGGUCAGUCAAACAUUGUUCUACGAGGUUGCCAGCUAAAAAAUACAGAAUGGAUUAUUGGGGUUGUGGUAUAUGCUGGCCAGGAAACAAAAGCAAUGUUGAAUAGCACAGUGUCACCUUCAAAAAGGAGCAGAUUGGAAAGCUACAUGAACAGGGAGACCCUUUGGCUUUCUGUGUUUCUAUGUAUCAUGUGUGCAGUUGUGGCAACUGGAAUGGGGUUAUGGCUUGAACGCCAUGUGCACCAGCUUGAUUCUCUAUCUUAUUACAGGAAGAAGUACUUUACAAAUGAUCGCUAUAAUGGUAAAGAUUUUAAAUAUUACGGAAUUCCUAUGGAGGUAUUUUUCUCAUUUUUGAGCUCUGUUAUUGUGUUCCAAAUCAUGAUACCUAUAUCUCUGUACAUCACAAUGGAGCUAGUUCGGUUGGGGCAGUCAUACUUCAUGAUCGAGGAUAGACAUAUGUAUGAUAGCAGUUCAGAUACAAGGUUUCAGUGUAGAUCCUUGAAUAUAAAUGAGGAUCUGGGACAGAUACGAUACAUUUUUUCAGAUAAGACUGGUACAUUAACUGAGAACAAAAUGGAGUUUAGAAGGGCCAGUGUCUAUGGGAAGGAUUAUGGAAACUUCUUGCAUCAUAGUAAUCGUACAUCACAUGAAACUAUCACUGAAGGGGAAUUGGAAAGACAAAGGCAGAAUCUCCCAUCAGAAAUCAGUGUAGACCCCGAUCUCCUUGCAUUACUUCGGAGAGGCAUAGAAGGAGAGGAGAGAAUUGCUGCUCACGACUUUUUCCUCACUUUGGCUGCCUGUAACACUGUCAUUCCUAUGGUUAAAAGAAAUCCAUGUCCUAAUUCUUCUAAUAAGGUGGUGGAGGCUGGAGAAAUUGAUUAUCAGGGUGAAUCACCUGAUGAGCAAGCAUUGGUUGUUGCAGCUUCAUCAUAUGGAUACACCCUCCUUGAGCGAACAACUGGUCAUGUGGUUGUUAAUGUCAAUGGCAAGAAGAUAAGGUUAGAUGUGCUUGGUCUGCACGAAUUUGAUAGUGUCCGGAAAAGAAUGUCUGUUGUCAUAAGAUUUCCCAACAAUGCUGUGAAAGUUCUUGUCAAGGGUGCUGACAGCUCAAUGCUCGGUAUUCUGGAUGAGAAGAAUGAAAAAACUGCGAAAAUAAAGCAAAUGACAGAACACCAUUUGUCUGAUUACUCGUCACAGGGUCUUCGGACUCUUGUAAUUGCUGCAAGGGACCUACAUGAUGCAGAAUUUGAGGAAUGGCAGGAAAGAUAUGAAGAGGCUAGCACUUCGUUAACAGAGAGAUCAACGAAGCUACGUCAAGCAGCGGCUCUAGUUGAGCACAAUUUAGAUCUCCUUGGAGCUACUGCUAUUGAGGACAAGUUGCAAGAUGGUGUCCCUGAAGCCAUAGAAUCCCUACGGCAAGCAGGAAUAAAGGUCUGGGUUCUGACAGGAGAUAAGCAGGAAACUGCUAUCUCAAUAGGUCUCUCGUGCCGGCUUUUGACUCCUAAUAUGCAUCAAAUUAUCAUAAAUGGCACUUCAGAAGAUGAAUGCAGGUGCCUUUUAGCUAAUGCAAAAGCGAAAUGUGGAAUAAAAUCAGCAGAACAUAGAGAUGGAACAUUAAAAUUGAAGAAAUUUGAUUAUGAUUUUGUUGAUAAUGCUGAUGACAAAAGAACUUCUAGUGUUUCAAUACCUGAAACAGGAAAGCAGAAUCUCAGAUAUACCGGAGGGGGUGAUCAUGAGUCAAAUCAUUGUGGAGACAAGCUUGCAGGUUCUGACGAUAUUUCCUUGGCACUUAUAAUAGAUGGAAAUAGUCUGGUGUACAUAUUGGAGAAAGAUCUUGAGCCAGAGCUUUUUGAUUUGGCAACUUCCUGUAGAGUUGUUCUUUGCUGUCGUGUUGCUCCUCUACAAAAAGCUGGGAUAGUUGAUUUGAUAAAAAGCAGGACAAAUGACAUGACUCUGGCUAUUGGUGAUGGGGCAAAUGAUGUUUCAAUGAUCCAAAUGGCAGAUGUUGGUGUUGGAAUUUGUGGCCAGGAAGGCCGUCAGGCGGUUAUGGCUUCAGAUUUUGCUAUGGGGCAGUUUUGCUUCCUGAAAAGAUUACUCCUUGUGCAUGGACAUUGGAAUUAUCAGCGGGUUGGCUAUUUGGUUUUAUACAACUUCUACCGAAAUGCUGUUUUCGUCUUAAUGCUUUUCUGGUAUGUCUUAUGUGCAGCAUUUUCAACAAUUUCAGCUGUGACUGAUUGGAGCAGUGUAUUCUACUCGGUCAUCUAUACAUCUAUUCCUACAAUAGUUGUUGGUAUUCUGGACAAGGACUUGAGCCAUAAAACUCUCCUCUGUUAUCCAAAACUUUAUGGAGCAGGAUAUAGACAAGAGAGCUAUAAUUUGCACCUCUUCUGGAUCACAAUGCUUGAUACUUUGUGGCAAAGUCUUGUUCUUUUUUAUGUACCUCUCUUCACAUACAGAAACAGUUCAAUCGAUAUCUGGAGUAUGGGCAGUUUGUGGACUAUUUCUGUUGUUGUUCUUGUGAAUGUUCACUUGGCCAUGGACAUCCAACGUUGGGUAUUGAUUACUCAUGUUGCAACUUGGGGUUCUAUAUUCAUUACAUAUAUGUGCAUGGUGAUAAUAGAUUCCAUACCAAUUUUCCCAAACUACUGGACAAUAUAUCAUCUGGCAACUUCAAGGACUUAUUGGCUCACUAUUCUUCUUACAACAAUUUUAGCAUUACUUCCUCGCUUUUUUUGCAAAGUGAUCCAUCAGAUUUUUUGGCCAUCUGACAUUCAAAUUGCGAGAGAAGCUGAGAUAUUAAGGAAAGGUUCUGACCAAGUUGGCUUGAAACCUGAUCAUGAUAUCAAUGGACGAGUAUAGCGGUCUCACCAAUAGACUGGUUUAUACCUGCUAAAAUUUGAAUUGGAACAUUAUCUAGUGUUCUCUGUUGUGCUAGUUGCUGAUCGCAUCAUGGUUGUCGUUAUUCUAUAAUGGUGCUAUGAGAUUGGUGUGCUUCCCCAGUUCCUGACAGUCGCCCUUCCAACACAAUUAAUUGAAUUAAAAUAACAAUACAAGAUGUUAUGACCAUGGUUUCAAAUACCGGCCAGUGCCAUGUAGACCGACCGUUGUUUAUUAGUCCAAGCAAGGACUAGUAUCGAACCAUAUGAUCCGGUGCCUGUAGAUGCUAAACUUAGCUCUCAAUGUGCUGGCUGACAGGCAAGGCACCAAAAAUUACAAGAGUUUUAGUCUCCUGCGUGAAAGAGAAGAGGAUGGAGGCGAUGGAGACAUGAUCUUAAAGCCUUGGGAGGGAAGACAUUGAGAUGAUCCAGAGGUGCCAGAUGACUGAAGAAGGUGGAACAAGAGGUGCCAGAUGACUGAAGGAAGGUGGAACUCAGACUGCUGCUUGGUGUGUAUAUACUGUAUUAGAUUUUAUGACAUGGCUAUAUCACAUUUGGCCUGGGAACUGAAGAAACUAGGUGAUAAAAGGAAAGGGUACAUAGUUGUGAGAGUGUCAAACAUCCCUAACCCACCCUUUGUUUUGUUCUCUCUCUCUCUCUCUCUCUCUCUCUCUCUCUUUAUCAUUAUCAACAAAUGUAUCUACAUUUCACUCCAGAAACAGAUAUUGUUUGUUGGAUCUUCCAAA